UCAGAAGUGUUCGUGGUUGGUGGUUGAAAACCCGGUGUAAACAUGUCGUAACACAGUGCGUUUCUUAACAAGUUUUAAUUUUCAAAAUAAGGCUCUCUGGGAUUUUUUUUUAAAUCUACUCCAGAAUUUUCACUUUUCCGCUGGAACAUUUGACUUUGGAGACUGUGUUGGAGGAGACCGUGGACCGCGGUCGAGUUGAGUCACGCAGCAGUGACGGGCUGCGAAGGAAGGACGGAGUUUCCGUGUUGAGUAACAGCAGUUCCUCCUCCUGCUGUCACUGUGAGACGCGAAGUCAGUGGGUGAGGACCGAUGGACGCUUUUCUCUACGACCUCCCCCCUCUGCUGAUGGAGGAGCUCUGCAGGAUCCUGGACAGCGGGGGGGACAUUCUGGGCUGGCGGGGACUCGCUGUCCGCAUCGUACCCGACUACUCUGAGGUUCGCCGGUUAGAGCGCCUGGAGGCGGCGGGGCGCAGCCCCAGCAGGGAGCUGCUGUGGUCCUGGGCCCAGCAGAACACCAGGGUGACGGAGCUGCUGACGGUGCUGCAGGACAUGGGCCACUACAGGGCGCUGCAGCUCCUCCAGGGCCCCAAGCAGAGUCACUCACCGCUAGAGUUGGCGAUGCAGCAACGCCGUCGACAAGUCGAACACGAUUGGACGUUCCCGCGGGUGACUCAAGUGGUGGAACGUCAGCCGCCCGUCAUCACGCUGCGUGACAUCAUCGAAGGAAGUAAAGAUUUUCAUCCUGGGAUGAAGAUCUCAGAGAGCGACUUCGCCACCGUCUACAGAGCACACGUUGGAGAUCAAACGUACGCAGUGAAGCUUUUCAAACAGGUUCAGAGUCUGUCCUGGAAGACGCAGUGGGACGCCUUCCUGCAGGAAAUGGAAGUCCACCGCGUGCAUCAGCACCCAAACAUCUUGCACCCUAUUGGCUGUUUCUCUGAUGAGGGCAACUACUGUCUCGUGUACCCGUACCUUCCCAACGGAUCGCUGUACCACAGGCUACACCAGCAGGAGGGAAAGUUGUCCUUGUCCUGGGAGCAGCGUCUCAUCAUCAUCAAGGGCGUGGCCAGCGUUCAUCACCUCCACACCGCCCCGUCCUGCUCCGUCAUCUGUGGCAACAUCUCCAGCGCCAACAUCCUGCUGGACCACGCCCUGCAGCCCCAGCUGUCCGACUUCGGCCUGGCCCGCCUCCGCCCUAGUUUAGCCUCUCAGUGCUGCACCGACACGGUCAGCAGGGGCUUCUACAGAAACCAGGGGUAUCUGCCCGAGGAGUUCAUCCGACACCAGCGACUGUCCUUCAGCCUGGACGUCUACAGCUUCGGAAUGGUCAUAAUGGAAACAAUAACUGGACGACAGGUCAUCGAGUAUGAGCCCAAACAGCCAGCCCUACUGAGGGACGUACUGGACGCAGCAGUGGAGCAGAGUGGAGGCAGCCUGGACUCCUGUCUGCAGUUCUUGGACCAGACGGCCGGUCAGUGGCCGACCGCCGUGGCCCUCAGCCUCCUGAGUCUGGCCUUAAAAUGCACCGCCAGCCGCCACAACCAGAGGCCCGCCAUGGAAGAUGUUCUCCUGUCUCUGAGUCAGCUGCUCCCUUCACCCAGUGGCCCCCCGCCCGAUCAACCCCACAGCCUGAACGUCGAUCCGACUCCCCCCUCCUUACCCGUGGAGCACGAUGAGGAGAGCUCUCUCCCGGGUUUAGUAGCGGAGGACACGCCUCUUGAAUGCAGCCAAUCAGAGGUGACGUUUCUCAGCAGUGGUGGGGGCACCUACAGUGAGGUGGAACUGGAUCUUUACAGCAGCUGCCCGGUACAAUGCAGCUGUUCCGGGGAGGAAGGGGGGCUGCCCUGUGAGGACUGCAGGGCUAACACGCUAAUAUCUGGCACCGCACAGAGUUUUGACGCGGACAGAGUGGUGGAAAAUGAGGCCAAAUGUAAACUGAGGAACAAACUGAGUCUGUACAACCGACAGAUGAUCGACACGCCGGAGCUUUUCUCUGAAACAGACGGAAAUGAAUGAACGCACGUUUGUCACAUGGUCUUCAUCUGCCGUCCAUAUAUGGUCAACAAAUACCUGCAGCACAGAGCGUGGCUACCGACGUUCCUGUGAGACAACACUAAACCAGAACCAAUCACGCAGGUUCUUAGUGAGCUCGUGGCAGGGAUCCACCUGCUGUGGCUCAGUGAUCUGUUGGUGAUGUCUGUUGUCACAUGUGAUAUUGUUUUAUAUGUGUUAUACUGUAUGUCUUCUCAGUACAUCUGCCUCACGUUUCACAGACACUCCAAACAGCUUUGACAACUUUUCCCAUCGUAACCCUUCAGCAGUUUCCUGUUUCAUUUCAAAAUUAGACAUUUUUUACAUUGGCACAAAUGCCAUCACGGUGGAGUCUGACGAUAGCAUUAAUAAUUAUGAUUCAUUUACUUAAAUCAUUUAUCAGGCAAAACAAUGAAAUACUCUUCCACCAGGUGGCAGCAGAUGGCUAUAAAAACUAAAAAAAAGAGACUCAGAGCUGAUGAAGAUCUUUGUCUGUGUCUUUCCUCAAUUGCUGUGACUACAUCAGUGUUGUGUUCAACUAAACAGGCCCAGGUUUCAGACUAGAGUAAAAGAAAUGUGAAUUGUACGUUAAAAAAAAAGUGUCGAAAGUUGUGGUUAAGCUUUUAUGUGGAAAACAGUUCUCUGGUAAGUACGUCAGUACUACUGUAAAACGUCAUGGGAAACAUCACAGUAUUUCACUGGUACACACUGUGUAUAUGUAUGCUCAAAUUGUUCACUAAAUAUUUUUCUUAACGUUGUAAUUUGGUGUUUAUUUAAUAUGUAAAUGAUCUAAAGCUCAAACUACAAAUCACUAUCAGUGCGAGUUAGAGCGCCAUCUUUCUGUUAGGUAUAAACUAACACAAUUGUUAGUUCUGGAAUGACAGCUUUACACUGCAAACGCCCGGUGUCAUAAAGUGGAUGUAAAUAAUGACUUUAUUAACAUGUAUACAGAGAACAAAAUAAAAACUUUUUUUUCUGA